AUGCAAUCAAUAUUAACUUAAUGUGCUACACUUGAUGAGGAAUUUGCUAUUUUAGUUCCUAUCAUCGAAACUAUGGUUUAGGAAUUGUCUGUGGUAAGUAGAGAAUUCGUUAGUUCCAAAUUAGAAUUUAUCAAAAAAUACUCAACUUCUCUUAAAUCUAGUCAAAUUGAUGCUCGAAUUCAUCGAAACCAAUAAACUCGUAAUCUUAUAGAAUAUAUUAAAAUGCACAGAUAAUCAAAAACUAAAUCAGUAAGUUAAAUUUGUACAUCAAAAAAGAAAUAGAAAUUUCAUACAGAUUCUGCUUGCUAUAAUACUAUUCAUAAAUCUAAUUCAAUAUCAUGCUCAACUAUACAAACUACUGAAUUCUGUCCUAUCUCAAAUUAGAAAAAGAUUCAUAAUAUUACUGCAAAAACACUUAAGUAACUUAUUAAUAAAUAGAAAAAACAUUAAUAAAAUACAAACGAAUAAAUAUUUAGAUUAAUCAAUAAAUGUAUGACUCUAAUAUCUGAAAAUUCAAUUUCAUUUCCAUAGUAUCCUAUUUUAUUAGAAGAAUAUAAAAUCAUAAAGAAAAAUAAUUCAUGUCUAGAAUAAAAACUUAAUUUGUAAGAAAAAUCUUAGUAAGUUAAAGAAAAUAUCAAAAAGUUAAUACAAAGUCAAGAAUCAUUUAAAUCUUACUUAAAUUCAAUCAUUUGA